CCGUUUUCUUUUCAUCCCUCUCUUGCAAAACACAAGUUCUCUGUGCCUUCAGGUCCCCCUUCUCCCCCUUCAGCGCUGUCACCCACGUUACCCGUUCUCCUCCUUCAGUGCCGCCACCGACGUCACCUGCGUUCUCCUCCGAGCAAUCGUCAGUGCCGCCGGCGUCGCUUAUUCGAUUAUUUCUGUAUUUUUCUCUUUUCAGUCAGACAUCGACAAGAGUUGGAUUGCACUAGGUUGCACAGUUGAUGGAAGGAUAAGUCAGCCAUAUUUUGAUGGGUUAAUAUCAUUUCUUCAUUUUGCAAUGGCGGUUAUUGAUCGAGAUGGUAAAAUUUUGUGCCCUUGUCGAAAAUGUGUGAAUGUUGUUCGACAAAAUUUUCAAAUUGUUCAAAUUCAUUUGUUGCAACAUGGGAUUAUUUCAACUUACACUAUCUGGCACAUGCAUGGGGAACCCCGUGAAUCAAAGUGUGGACAGAGCUUGAGCACCCACACCUACAGACUACGAAUAAAAUACCUGAACCUUAAGAGUGCUAAGGGAGAGGAGUAUGCUAGAAGCCACCCACCGCCUGAAUGUGACCUCGAGAAAUGGAAAAACUUGAUUGAAGGGAAGUGGAAUGAUACCAAUUGGCUGGAUAAUAUGAUAAAGAUCCAAGCUGAACAUUGCUUCCAACCUAGUGUGGUUCCAACUACUCCGGAGGAGCUAUCUGUGAAGUUGCUCAAGCCAAGGUCGGGAUAUGUUAAAGGACUUGGGUUGAGGCCUUCCUUCUCUGUCAGGACUACCAGUGCUUCAACUGAUAUUGAUUAUGUGAGGCAUCUACAGAUGGAAAUACAAGAGCAAAAUGAGGAAAUUCAGUCACAAAAAGAGGAAAUUACAACACAGAAACAUGAAAUUCAAGCACAAAAAGAGGAAAUUCAAGCACAAAAUAAUGUGAUAGGAAAGAUGAAUGAGUCAAUUGUGGAGCAUUUGGACAUGACAUCAAGCAUCAUGGAGUUUCUUAAGAAGCAAGGUUUCAAAGGACAAUUUAGAGGAUGAGGUAUCCCAUGAACUUGUAUAUCUCCUUUUUAAUUGGUUUUUGAUGACGUUUGGAAGCAUACUCGCAAAUCAAGAUCAACUGUUGAAUUUUUUUUUUCCUGAAUUGAUACUUAGUUCUAGUUUCAAAUCAAGAUUGAGCGUUAUUAUUAUUAUUAUUUUUGUGAACUCUACGUUAGUUCAUUUUGGAAUUUGCCAUGAUAGUUUUUUUUAUUAUACUUAAUGGGUUAUUAUUAAAUUUGUUUGACGGAUAUAUUUUCAUUU